GGUAAAAGCACUAAAAAUAUUUACAGAUGCAUGUACGCCCUUUGUAUGUGCAGUACAGUGCAUGCUACUUACAUCCUCUGUGCUCGGUAAAUGCUAUUCCGAUGGUUGCACCCAUAAGCAAAACAGAAGACAAAAAUACUCUACAGGUCCCCAACCAGGCAUUUUGACCACAGAGCAAAAGGAAAAGUUAGAGGGAAAAAUGAUGAUAACAAUAAUACAAGAGGAAUGAAAUAAAUAAAAACACGAUAAUUCUCUUGGAAUUUAAUUUACACAAAGCGGAGUCCUCCGUGUUCCGUCCUCCUACUGAGAGGGUAAUUGAGGAUUAACCAGUGGGGAGUUCCAGUCCUUUAGGAGUUAGGACAUCGCCGAAUAAUUGGCCCACAGGUGGGAUACCGGAAAGUUUGUCUCACCCAACCAACCAACACCUCACGUCUGUGCCUAGACACCUUAGGUGUCCAGGCAACUUGACUUUAACGCUUAGAGCUGCCGUAGAACAUGCAUGGAACAUGUAACAUCUCAACCGUCAACACCAGAAUGCUGUGAGCCCUAAGAUGGAUGAUUUGCUUCUGCAGUUAUCACUUGCGGUUUACGCAAACAAUCGACGGCAUCGAGAGCGAGAUCCAUUACCCGACGCUAUCCAAAGCUCCACCACCUUUGUCUCCUUUAGUUCUCCGUGGGGGGAGUGUCGGUGCUUGCUCCGAGAAUUAACCAUCAUGAUAUUUCUUGGUGGGUCCUUUCUCCUUCGAGGAACCUGGAAUCCCGAAUGAUUUUCCUUUUUGAGGGUUAGCCCUUACAAAUUCUGCACAUGGCAUCAUCCAGAUAUCAUUUCAGUAGAAGUUAGUGAGGGAUAUCGCCCGAGACUGCUCUACCUUUUCUGUCAUUAGUGAUCAAAAUAAAAUGAAACGAAAUGAAAUGAUGUGCUUUCUGCAAGCAGAUUAUUUCGGGGAGGAAAGGCCUCGCAGCGCUUAUCUUGUCUCUUGUAUAGAGUGAAUACUGGUGUCAUUUCUUAUUACGUUAGUUCUGGAUUAUUGUCCAAUGACCGUCCAUUCGCGAUUUUACCAGCGGAAUUCCCG